CCAUCUCUCCCUCUCUCUCUUUUCCUCCCUCUCUCUCUCCUGCGCUCUCUCUCUCUCUCUCUCUCUCUCUCUCUCUCUUUCUUAAAUUGACAUCGGUCUGGCUCGAAACAUGAUAACAGUAAAGCCUUCCUCCGCUCCGCUUUGUCGGGCUACCCUCAAUCCCGAUCACUUGAAACUCAAAUAAGCAGGCGUAAAGAGGAACAAGGAUCGCACAAUAUCCUGUCAGCGGGUGCACAGGGGGAAUAACAAGAGACCUUUAUACCACACACCCUUAUAUGUGCUUUUGCGCAUCGCAGAUUUUUUUUUUUUUUUUUCAAUUUUUACAUUUUUUUUUUUUAAGUAGAAGUGUUUAACUACAGUGAAAGUUAACAUGUAUGUGCACGUUUUGAUACGCGCAAGCCUGGGAUUUGUAGGUCUGUGCCUGGUCGCCUUUGUCCAACAGUCAGCUUCAGGAAGUAGAACCACUCAAGAUGUGGACGAGUGUGCGGAGGCGAUUGACAACUGCAGCAUCGACGCCAUCUGCCAGAACACCCUGAAGUCAUACAAAUGUAUCUGCAAGUCAGGCUAUAAAGGGGACGGUAAACAUUGUGAAGAUGUCGAUGAGUGUGCAACUGACUACAAUGGUGGUUGCGUCCACGAAUGCAUCAACAUCCCAGGAAAUUACAGGUGCACAUGCUAUGAUGGCUUCCGCUUGGCACAUGAUGGACACAAUUGUCUCGAUGUGGAUGAGUGCUCAGAGGGCAACGGUGGAUGCCAACAGAUUUGUGUCAACAUGAUGGGCAGCUACGAGUGCCGCUGCAGAGAAGGAUUUCUGUUGAGUGACAACCAGCAUACCUGUAUUCAAAGGCCUAAAGAUGGUACAAAGGAGGGACCCACCUGCAUGGACAAGAACCACGGCUGUGCACACAUUUGCAGGGAAACGCAGAAGGGUGGCAUUUCCUGUGAGUGUCGACCUGGAUUCCAGCUCACCCGUAACAUGAAGGACUGCAAAUUGACGUGCAAUUAUGGGAAUGGGGGUUGCCAGCACAUCUGCGAAGAGACAGACCAUGGACCCAAGUGCUCGUGCCACAUGAAGUUUGUCUUACACAGCGAUGGAAAGACUUGUGUAGGUGUGCGCGUGCAUGCAGGGGAGAGAAGUGUCCAGUCCCAGGCAGCCCCCCAGCUGUUCCCCAAUGAGACCUGUGCAGUGAACAAUGGAGGCUGUGAUAGCACAUGUCAUGAUUCAGUGACAGGAGUCCGCUGCAGCUGUCCUGUUGGCUUCACUCUGCAGCCGGACCGCAAGACCUGCAAAGAUAUUGACGAGUGCCGGCUUAACAAUGGGGGAUGUGAUCAUGUGUGUCGAAACACAGUGGGCAGCUUCGAGUGCAGCUGCAAGAAAGGCUACAAGCUGUUGACCAAUGAGAGAACUUGUCAAGACAUUGAUGAGUGCUCUUUUGACCGUGCCUGUGACCACUUUUGUGUCAACUCUGCCGGCAGUUUCCAGUGCCUUUGUCAUAAAGGUUACGUUCUCUACGGCCUGGCACACUGUGGAGAUAUUGAUGAAUGCAGCAUAAAUCGUGGGGGCUGUAAAUAUGGCUGCAUUAACACUCUGGGGAGCUACGAGUGUACCUGUCCACCUGGAUAUAAGCUACACUGGAACAGGAAAGACUGCAUUGAGUUGGUGAAAUGUCCUCCUGGACUUGUUGCACCAAAGGCCACUCUGACCUGUAGCAAGAUGGGCAAAAAAGAGAGCUGCUCUCUAACCUGUGCCUCCAAGGCUCACUAUCUUGCAGAGUCGGAUAACAGCUACUCAGUGAGCUGUGGUAUCCCCAUCCUCAGAGGAAAGGCCUCCCCCUCCAGACUCAACUCCAGCAGUAGUCAGAGCUGCAUAGAGACUCUGGCCCCUCCAGUGAAGCAGACGGCUUCUUUCAAGAUUAAAAACGCCAAAUGUCAUCUGCACCCAAAGCUGACUGGCAGAACGGAGGACAGAGGACGGACACUAGGACCAGGAGGGGGCCAACCCUGCAGCAACUGCUUGGUCACAUUUGUGAAUCUCAAAUGUGAUUCCUCCAAGAAAGCAAAAGGACGUCGUGCACGAAACCCUUCUAAUAAAGAAGUAACACGUAUUACUUUGGAACUGGAAGCCGAGGUCAAACCUGGAGACACUACAGGGAGUUGCAACCUCAGCUGCCUUAGACAACGAAUGGAGAAGCAGGUUAAGACGUAUAUCAAGGCUCUAAAGAAAUCCAUCAACCAGGAACGCUUCCUGAUCCGAGUUGCAGGCCUGGAAUAUGAGGUGGCUCAGAAACUCCCCCAAGCGGCUCCGCCUCAGGAAAACUGUGGCCCUGGCUGGGAGAGAGACAGUGGCCGAUGUGUCAGAUGUUUGCCAGGGUCGUACUACCACGGUGAACAGGAGCGUUGUGUCCAGUGUCCACCUGGCACUUUCCAGGAGAAGGAGGGGCAGCUGGCCUGUGACCUCUGUCCUGGCAGUGAUGGCCACGGGCCCGUUGGAGCACGGAAUAUCUCCUCCUGUGCAGGCCAGUGCUCGACAGGAUACUUCUCCAACGAUGGGUUCAAACCUUGUCAGCCGUGCCCUCAGGGUACUUACCAGCCAGACUUAGGAAGGACUCUGUGCUUCCCAUGUGGAGGAGGACUGAGCACCAAGCGGGAGGGUGCCAGCUCCUUCCAUGACUGUGAAGUCAAAGUUCAGUGUUCUCCGGGUCAUUACUACAACACCUCGGUACACAGGUGCAUCCGCUGCCCGGUGGGAACGUAUCAGACUGAGUUUAGACAGAACUACUGUAUUUCUUGCCCUGGAAACACCACCACAGAUUUUGAUGGAGCCACGAGUGUCUCGCAGUGCAAGAACAGGCAAUGUGGUGGAGAGAUGGGCGAGUUCAUGGGUUACAUUGAGUCACCAAACUACCCUGGAAAUUACCCUGCUAAUGUGGAGUGUAUUUGGAAUAUCAACCCACCCAGCAAACGCAAGAUCCUUAUUGUAGUACCAGAGAUUUUCCUGCCCUCGGAGGAUGAGUGUGGAGAUGUGCUGGUCAUGAGGAAGAACUGGUCAGCUACAUCCAUCACCACCUACGAGACGUGUCAGACGUACGAGCGGCCUAUUGCCUUCACAGCUCGCUCCAGACGUCUCUGGAUUAACUUCAAGUCCAAUGAGGCCAACAGUGCCAGGGGCUUUCAGAUCCCCUAUGUUACUUAUGAUGAGGACUAUGAACAGCUUGUUGAAGACAUAGUGCGAGAUGGAAGGCUCUAUGCCUCCGAAAACCAUCAAGAAAUCCUCAAGGAUAAAAAACUGAUUAAAACUCUUUUCGACGUGCUGGCUCACCCAAACAACUACUUUAAGUACACCACUCGGGAGUCCAACGAGAUGCUUCCCCGCUCCUUCAUACGUCUCAUAAGCAGCAAAGUCUCAGCUUUUCUGCGACCAUACAAGUAAAGGUCACACAGCGACUGAAACACCGGAUCGUGACCCCCCCGUCUGCCCCCCUCCACCAUACAAGGCCGCAUCCCUUAACUCUCACAGGACUUAUCACAGAAACACAGAACAUACAAGUAUGUUUACCCUCUCUUAUUUUCCAUAGGCUUUGACAAUAAACACUAUGCAGACCUGAGAAAUACUGAACGUCAUUUGUGUUUUAGGUUUUUGUCAGUUUCCAUUCUGCGCAGGUCUGCAAUCCCAAGCUCAAGCGUUUAGUGGGGAUGUAGAGUAUGUGAGUGGGUUUGGUUUCUGUUGUGCUGGGCAAUGAAACCAUGAAAAACAAUAGAAACAGCUAUUUCAGACAGUAGGAGUGAUGUUUGUGUGUGUGGUUUGAGCUUGAUAGAGCUUGUUAUUGUAUUUACUUAAAUGAGCAGCUCCAGCUCCAACUCCUACCCUUAAGUAUGACUGUUAAGUGUUGUCUAAGUGUUGUGUAACCCUGAUUCCAUCUACAGUGUCUGUGUGCUGUCCUCUAGGAGGAGCAGUUGUUUAUUCCGUGUCGCAGCUGCGUUCCAGGUCAUUCAAAGCCUUACUAUCUUCGAGCUCUUAGAGCAGUUUCCAAGGGUUUUACUGUUAAACAGUUAAUCUACGUUUUGUUCCUUUUUGUCCAGACUGUACCUGCCUUCUCAAACCUUCAGAUAUUUUUAGUUGUUUUUCUUUUCGUGCCAACUCGAGGCAAAUACAAAAGGUGGUUUAUCAUUGCAGGACAACAAAGGACAUUUGGGAAAUACUUCUAAUUGUGAGAGCCACAGAAACGAGAAAAUGUGAUGUCUAGUGGAACAUGUCUCUGAGAGAGAGAUAAAGAGAAAUGUCUUUGAGGGACAUUAUGUUUGCUGCUUCUUAUAAAAGGUCACUUUAAUUCUUCAGUCUCAUAUUGUCGUUCUCAUGUACUCUACACAGUUAUAGUCUAGAAAACAAAAGCUCCCAUUCUGUAAUAUUUCAUUUCUUACACACAGUAACUCACAUUGUCUGUCUGUGGACUACCAGUUUGUGUUUUUAUUUCAAUCUUGUAAAUAAUUCAAAUGAAAUUGGACGAGGGUUGAAUUUUUUAAUCCUAUCUUACGUACACAAAAGCCCCCCCUUUUUCCCCACAAAACAAAACGAACAUCUUGUGCCCCUUUUGUCCCAUUUGUCUCAAAUCCAAAGACACCCACUGCCCCCUCUGAACAUCUCAAGAUUUAUUCUGUCCCAAUGAAGACAGCUCUUCCAAAGACUGCCCCAAAAUGGCGGGUCAAGUUGUUUUGUGCACUAGAUUUAGACCCCGUCAUCAUACUCUACCUUCUUAGUACAAGUGCAAUGACGAGAAAGAAAAAAAAAAAAAAAAGACUUAAACACACACCUUUGAUUUUGGUCACACCCUAUAUUGUGACACACAACAAAGCUUGUGAAAUGUAUUUUCGGCCGCAGUCAUGUUCAGACUCAUUUUGUCACAAUGGGCGGAAGGUUUAGGUUAGAGUGUGUAGCUGCUCUUACAUACAAGAAAUAUUAAGGCUGUCGAGAUUAAAUUCUAAUUAUGUAUUUGGUGUGUGAAGAAUAUUCUUUGUGAUUUCCAAACAGAGACCAAAACAGGGUAAAAUAAUUUAAAUAAGAAAAGAAAUGGAACAGGAUCAGAAUGGCAGUGAAAGUAAUAGCCCCAACUGUUUUGUAUAUAUCAACCCUCUAAAGAAAGUAAGUCGAGGCAAUGUUAGCUCUAGGAUUUGAGGAUUAUUUUGGGAGGAUGUCUUGUCCUGACUUGUGUAAAUAAAUUUAAAUAAGAGGGUACCAACCUGUACCUCUAAGUACCCCAAACUUCAGGAUGACAAAAAGGGAUUUUUUGUUUUGUUUUUGUUUUUUUUAAAUAAUACGUAUAAAACUUGAGGGUGAUGUUGGGCCAAGCAAUGUAGAACUCAUUUUUCACUUUUGUUUUUUUUUUUUUUUUUUUACACCUUUUUUUUCCUUUCAUCAACCAGUGAUCAUUUUAUCUAGACUCCAGGAAAUAUCCCUUUUUUGCUCAUUUGGCCCACAUUCUCAGAAAAUUCCCCUCCCAUCACAAAAACACCCCUCCUGCAACCUGAUUUUUUUUUUUUUUUUUUUUUAAUUGUUGCCUUUUAACGAGAGUUUGCUAUGAUGUAUCAGAGUUGAUAAUGAUAUUUGCACUUGAAUUGUUAUUGCUCAUGUAAAGAAAUGUCUGGAUUUUGUAUUGUCUUUUUAAAUGAAUGGAAUUGGUGUUCUUAUUUUCUUGUAGCUUGUUUGUUCAUGAAAUGCUCACUCACAGUUUAGUCUAUAGAGAUGAUUCACAUAACAUUAUGAACUGUAAAGAAAAAAACUAUGUACAAAAGGUGAAUGAAACAGGUUUGUACUUGUUACUACCCAAAACACUUAUCAAAAUAAACAUACUGUACUUCA